AAAAACCCUUGAAAUUGGGAUUUUGGAUUCUUAGUCCACUGUUCAUAGCUUCUGAGACUCUCUCCUUGCAACGUUUCUAACAUCAGAAUCGAAAAUCACGAGAGUUUAGGUUUUCAAUGGCUUUGACGAACUUCAUCCUCACAGUCGCCGGCGUCAGCGCCGUCGUACUUCUUCUGAGAUCCGACGUGAAGCAGUCGGCCGCCAUCUUCCGUCGAAAUGUUAAGCACAUCAGAAAUUGGCUCGAAGAAGAAUCCAGCUCCGCCACCAAGGCAGCGGAGAAGAGAACACCUGAGAAACUGGAAUCAAAGGUUCCAAAAGAAGAUAUUCCCAAGGAAGACAAGCACUAGUGUCCAUGUCGUCGCGGUGCAUGAUUAGUCAUUCCUUUCAAUUUUGUUUCUGUUUUUCUUUGUUUUUCUUUUAAUCUUAUUUUAUGUUGGUGGGGGUUCACAGAGUUGGAUUUUUAAUACAGAUAUGUAGUUAUCAAGGAAGGCUAUAUUAUAUUUGGUAGACAAGCUUAUCUUUAAAUUUUGAUACUUUGGCAUAUCUCUCAUAAUUGUAGUGAUUGUGAACAAAUUCAUAUCCUUUUUGGCCACAAUUGUAAUACUUUUGAUGAAUAUCGAUUCAUCACUAUUGGAUUCAAAGGCAACCUUU